GUGACUGCGCACCGGGUGCGGGGGCACCGCUUUGUUGCCUGAGGGGGGUGACGGUGGAAGUUCGGGGGGGUCAGAGGCUACCGCUUGUCAGGACCCCCGGUCACCGUUGUUGCCGUCACGUCGCCCCAUAGUCUUCAGCUUAGGAGCCACACCCACAAGCAGCCAUGAGCGGCGGCGUGUACGGAGGAGAUGAAGUUGGAGCCCUUGUUUUUGACAUUGGAUCCUAUACUGUGAGAGCUGGUUAUGCUGGUGAGGACUGUCCCAAGGUGGAUUUCCCCACCGCUAUUGGCAUGGUAUUAGAGAGAGAUGAUGGAAGCACGUUGAUGGAAAUAGAUGGUGAUAAAGGCAAACAAGGCGGUCCCACCUAUUACAUAGAUACUAAUGCCCUGCGUGUUCCCAGGGAGAAUAUGGAGGCCAUUUCACCACUGAAAAACGGGAUGGUUGAGGACUGGGAUAGUUUCCAGGCUAUUUUGGAUCACACCUACAAGAUGCACGUCAAAUCAGAGCCCAGCCUGCAUCCUGUCCUCAUGUCAGAAGCACCGUGGAACACCAGAGCCAAGAGAGAGAAACUGACAGAGUUGAUGUUUGAACACUACAACAUCCCCGCGUUCUUCCUUUGCAAAACUGCAGUUUUGACUGCAUUUGCUAAUGGGCGCUCUACUGGGCUUAUUUUGGACAGUGGAGCCACUCAUACCACUGCAAUUCCAGUCCACGACGGCUAUGUCCUUCAGCAAGGUAUCGUGAAAUCCCCCCUUGCUGGAGACUUUAUUACUAUGCAAUGCAGAGAACUCUUCCAGGAAAUGAAUAUAGAACUCAUUCCUCCAUAUAUGAUUGCAUCAAAAGAACCUGUGCGUGAAGGAUCUCCAGCAAACUGGAAAAAAAAAGAGAAGUUACCACAGGUUACAAGAUCUUGGCACAAUUAUAUGUGUAAUUGUGUUAUCCAGGAUUUUCAAGCUUCAGUAUUGCAAGUAUCAGAUUCAACUUAUGAUGAACAAGUAGCCGCACAGAUGCCAACUGUUCAUUAUGAAUUCCCCAAUGGCUACAACUGUGAUUUUGGAGCAGAACGGUUAAAGAUCCCAGAAGGAUUAUUUGACCCUUCCAAUGUAAAGGGAUUAUCAGGAAAUACAAUGCUGGGAGUCAGUCACGUCGUCACUACAAGUGUUGGAAUGUGCGAUAUUGAUAUCAGACCCGGUCUCUAUGGCAGUGUGAUAGUGGCGGGAGGAAACACGCUAAUACAGAGCUUCACUGACAGGCUGAAUAGAGAGCUCUCUCAGAAAACGCCCCCGAGCAUGCGGUUAAAACUGAUUGCAAAUAAUACAACAGUGGAACGGAGAUUCAGUUCAUGGAUUGGUGGCUCCAUUCUAGCUUCUCUGGGCACCUUUCAACAGAUGUGGAUUUCCAAACAAGAAUAUGAAGAAGGAGGGAAGCAGUGUGUAGAAAGGAAAUGCCCUUGAAAAGUGUUCCUACUGCUCCACUUUCCCAUCUCCUUACGUUUCAUAGCUUUAGUACACUCAGGAAAAAAUGACCAUCUUUUGUAGAAUGUUAAUAUAUUUUUGCAUUUUUCAAUUUUCACUUAAAAAUUUUUAAGACUUUAACUGGCUGUAUAAAGUAAAAUUAGGUUGUGCUGUCCUUGAAAUGUACUUAUUCUUAUUACAAGCAUUUUAUAAUUUUGUAUAAAUGUCUAUUUUCUCUAAAUAUUUUGCUUUCAGUCAAAGGCUUUCAAACUCUGCUUAGUAUAUUAUCAGUGGAUUGGUAGGACUGCUUUUUAUUGAUGAAUAAAAUUUAUUGCCUAUGCUCUCUUUACCUUAGGCUUGCAAAUUUAAAUAAAAAUUAUUAGCCAUUCCAGAAGUA